GAGAGAGAGAACAGAGAUGAGCCAGGAUUGAAGAAGUGAAUAAGGAAGACAGACACCUUUUAUCAAACUCUGGUAAUUACUCUUAUGUAGUUUCACCGGCGCGUGGACAGACAGACAGAGCGCGAGGUGGGAACACGCCGGGGAAAAAUAAAAUUCUGGUGGAUGUUGGUGAGCACUCCCGCUUCCCUCGCGCUGCUGGCGGGUCGGGAAUCACGCGCCAUUGGAGGGGGUGAAACUGUGCAUGCGCUUUUGGCUCACAGGUCGGUCGAUGCAAGGCUCAGCGGCGUGGCUCUCGGCCUCCAUUUGCCAGUUUGUGUUUAUGUUCGAGGAUUUCACCGGCAGCUCACACGGAAGCAGCGUGCAACAGUUGGAGUUUCGCCGCGGUCGCCGAGCCCGCCGGCCGACGCUGCGUUCCGCUGACUUUAAAAGGAGCCAGAUGCAGUGUGAUGGUCAGCGUCAAUGGUGAUGUCUGCCUCAGACUCUAAACUUGCAGCCAUGGAGGACAACCAUGUGGUGGAUGAAGAAAGGGACAAUCUCCCCGUCACCCCUGUCACAGCUCCCUCUACCACCGCCCCCCCAUCCUCCCCAUCUUCCCUAUCUUUCAUGAGCAGCCUAGGUCCCAACUUUACUGGUGACUCAAUCUUAGAGAGUAAAGCCAUCUCCAUGGCUAGUAAUGAUUGCAGCUACGAUAUCUCAUCACCUGCUGAAGCAAGCCCAGCCAAGCCUGCUCAGACACCACCUUCCAUAUUUGUAAAAACCUCUGACCAAAGCCCAGAUGCAUCACGCACAAUAUCUGAGUCAGACCUCCAGAAAUGCUCUGAAAUGAGUAUUAUCAACAUACAAGAAGCUCCAUCUUGGUCCUCUUCAUUUCCACCCACCACUUUUGGCAAUCCAGAAAUGGGCGAUCACUGUCCUCCCACGCUGACCUUCAAAGGUGUCGGCGUGACUUUAGAGAACAAUGGGAUAUGGAUGCAGUUCCACCAGCUGGGAACUGAGAUGAUUCUCUGUAAACAGGGGCGUCGUAUGUUCCCCUACUGCCGAUAUCGUUUAUCUGGUCUGGACCCUGAUCGGCGGUACCGUCUUGUCCUGUCCAUUGUGCCGUCAGAUCAGUUCAAGUAUCGGUGGGGCACAUCCAAAUGGGAGAUCAGUGGUAAAUCGGAGCACCAGUCCCAAGGUUUAAUCCGUGCCUUUUCCCACCACUACGGAUCCUGUCGAGGCUCCGAUUGGAUGAGUUCUUUGGUGUCUUUCUAUAAACUCAAACUAUCCAACAACUUCCAAGACCAAGACGGCCAUGUAAUGCUGUACUCCAUGCAUCGCUACAUUCCAAGGCUUCACGUCAUUCCACUUCCAGAGGAGGACUCGUCCUCGUUGAACCGGUGUGUGGUCGUGGGGACUGAGAGCAUUACCUUUACUUUUCCACAAACCGAAUUCAUGGCAGUAACGACUUAUCAAAAUUUUCGCAUCACUCAGCUGAAAAUUAAUCACAACCCGUUUGCAAAGGGCUUCAGAGAGGAUGGGAACAACCCCCGUCUUAAUAGAAUUACCUCUCCUGUGGUGAAGACAGACCCCCAGUCUGAGGUUUUUGUCCCUACUGAACCCUGUGAGAUCAACGAGGAAACAAUGGAUCAGAGCACAACGGAGCAAAGUGCCUCUGCCCCUUCCCCAGUUGAAGAGACCAAACUGGUGCUGAAACCUAUAAUGUCUAACUGUUGUGGUACUGGUGGCCAGUAUGUCUCCUGUAUGAGAGGCAAACAUGCUCUGGGUGAGCUUGUGCUCGUAGAACAGCCUCCUGAAGAAAGCAGCAUCAGUGGUACCCCUCAUACUCAACGAGGCUUAAAGAAGUUGCCCAGGUCCUUGGUAUCAACACCUCGUUAUCGCAGGAAGAAGAGGAAGGUCAGGAAGCGUUGGGGGAUGUAUCCCCAACCCAGAGUACCAAGAGUGUGGAAGGCUGCUGCUUCCUCCCCCACAGUAGCCCCCAGCCCUUCGUUGACUGUCGCUAUGCAACCAGAGCUGGAUAAUAUUGAAGGCCUGCUGUUUGUAUCGUUCUCCACAAAGGAAGCUCUGGAGGUCCAUGUCAGAGACAUGCCAGCAAGCGUCUCCUUGUUUGAAUCUCCACUUCCUUCACCAAGGCCGACGGAAUCAAACGAAACGGUGGAAGUAAAUCCAGAGACGGAGGUGGAGAAAAUAUCUCAGCUGGAGUCUCUGCUGCUGACUGAUCUGAGCUCUUUCAGACACGGACAGAUCAUCCAUCCUGUCCUGCACGAGGUGGGCAUGAAGCUGAGCUCUUUGGACCCCGAGGUGCCAGUUGACUUGAAGUAUCUGGGGGUUUGUCUGCCUCCGGCUCCUCCGAGUCUUCUAGAACAAAGCAGCUCAUCGUCUCUGUCCUUUGCUGGGUGUGUGUCCUUCACAGAUGAGGGGUUACCUUUCAUCUCCAGAACAGGAAAGACAAGUGACGUGACAAAAAUAAAGGGAUGGAGAAACAAGUUCACCAGAAGCCACGAAACUUCUCCUAAUUGUGACAGGACACAAAAGAACCUGUCAGCCUUCUGCAGCAAUAUGUUGGACGAGUAUUUGGAAAGCGAAGCCCAGCGGAUCAGCGAACGAGCCGAGGCCUUCUCCACAAACCCAGAUGCUUCUGUGGCUUAUCAGCUACCCAUCAGAGGGUCCAGCUAUGUGAAAACGCUGGACAGUGUCCUCAGGAAUCAAAAUGCUGCGCUUGGCACCCCAGCGGUGGCCAACAGACCGUGUCCACUUUCUCGGAAACCACGUCUUGACCCGUCCCUGACGCCGUCUGCUACCCCUUCAUCUAACCCUGAACCUCUUAGUCCAGCCGAGGCUCACUCCUCAUCCUCCCUCGCCUCUCCAGAUGCUGCCUCAAGGCCUGGCUACUCCACUGAAGCUUUACAAACGUUAUUGAUGAGCCACCCAGCAGCUGUUCAGAAACUGGUGUUGAAACGUGGUCACAAAGAGCUGAUGGAGAAAAGGUUAUCAAACGUCAGCAAGAUCCGUUUGAAGCUCCUGGAGAUGGAGGCCAGAGCUGUGAACCAGGGCCUGAGCAGAACACUGCUGACUCCAGAACGCCUAACGAUGGCUCUGACUGUGCUCCUGACCAAAGAGACGCUGGCCCAUCAGAUCCUACAAAUCCCUCCGAUGCCAAAGCUCGAGGCCGGGCCUGAAUGUGGUGAAGAGUUCUGCAGGCUGGGUUGUGUUUGUUCCAGUCUGCAGCUUACGGACAGAGGGCCCAUCCACUGCAGAAAGCCUGAGUGCAUGUUUGGCUGCAGCUGCUCUGAGACUUUGACUGAGAUGGAACAAACAGUCCGGCCUCAUCAGAGCUCCAGCGCUAAGAAACUUUGGAACCGCAACGUUUUUGACAAUGAUUCAGAACCUCUUUCGAUUCCCACAAGCGCUCCAUUUUCGCCCCCACCGAAGGCCCUAAAACGCAGCCAACUUCAUCUCGCUCCACCGAUGUGUGACGAGGAUAAGGACCCAGUGUAUAGAUACCUGGAGAGGAAGCUGACCUGCGCACGCGUUAGAGAGUUCCGCAGCAAGUCUCCACCUCAGCUCACCUUGGGCUCCGAUGUCGACGCUGCCGUUUCUAAACCAGACGCAACUCCACAGAGUUCUGCUCAGAAUCCGCCUAAACAGAAGGACGCUUCUGUGACGACGGAUCAGAAAGCAGAAGAAAAGCCACAACAGGGAAAAACGUUCAACGAAACCGAAGCAAAGAAGCAGAUUCAGAUCAACUCGCUGUGUGAGUGGAAGAAGGACAGAAGAAUGGUGCUGGAUGGUUUAUACAAACGUCUGAAACAGAAUAGACUUCAUCAGCAGUUCUGCGUCGGGCCUUACUGCAUCAGCCCGGUCGCUAAAAUCGUCCUGCAGAAACCCAGCGGCUCCAUCGUCACCUUCAGGAUACAAAUCAGUAAGGCGUCUAAAGACAGCGACUGUGAAGAGGAUGAAUUUGACGAGUAUGAUGAUUAUGUGAGUGAUGGGAACGCUGAAGCAGAGGAAGACGAGCCACUCGAGGAGUCGGGGACGCUGUACGGCGUCGCGCCGUUCCUGAGAGGAGUGAUGCCUGCUGGCGUACUGAAGGCCAAGAGGAAACCUGCUUUAUUCAGAGGAUCCGGACUCAUUCAGGUUAACGGUAAACACUACAGCUUUGCCCGACUGCUGCUAGGCCACAUGGGCUCCCUGCACCCAGCCAACCGUGUUGCAGCUCAUGUCACGGGCCGACUCCAUUUGGAAACGGACCAGAAGAAGCAGGGCGGGCAGAAUCCCAUCAAUGCAGGAAGCCUAUUCUUCCCCGUUGUCCCGCCAUUCAACGAACCCGUGCCAGUAGAACUGCGUCCGCAGAUCGUCCAGAUACUCGUCCCAGCCCAGCAGAACCUCCGAGACAACUCUGUGUCUUCGCCCGUCUCCCUCACCGUCUCCCAGUCACUGAAAUGUCCCAGCUUCCUGGGGCAAAGAGGGACGUACUCCUUCAGAAUCUGCCCUCCUAACAACCCAGCCAGCGGAGGCGUGAACCCAGUCGGCGUCGCCCUGCCCGGAGGCUUCACCCUCAUCGAGCUGCCGAGGCCUCCAGCUGACGGAGCGGCGCAGCGGGUCAGACCUCCAAAUGCUCCAGCCGUGUCCAACACAGGAGACGCGUUAACGCAGAAAAGGGAGUGGGCAUCUACUCUGAUACCACAGAGCAGCAAGCUCGCAUUGUCCUCCUCCUCCACCACCACCUCCUCUUCCGUUCCCACCUCCUUUUUGUCCUUCAUCCCCUCCUCUUCCAUCACCACCACCUCUUCCUCAGCUACUACCUCCCCCUCCCCCUCCUCCACCACCUCCUCUUCCAUCACCACCUCCUCCUCUUCCGUUCCCACCUCCUUUUUGUCCUUCAUCCCCUCCUCUUCCAUCACCACCACCUCUUCCUCAGCUACUACCUCCCCCUCCCCCUCCUCCACCACCUCCUCUUCCGUUCCCACCUCCUUUUUGUCCUUCAUCCCCUCCUCUUCCAUCACCACCACCUCUUCCUCAGCUACUACCUCCCCCUCCUUCACCUCCUCCUCUUCCAUCACCACCUCCUCCUCUUCCGUUCCCACCUCCUUUUUGUCCUUCAUCCCCUCCUCUUCCAUCACCACCACCUCUUCCUCAGCUACUACCUCCCCCUCCUUCACCUCCUCCUCUUCCAUCACCACCUCCUCCUCAGCUACCACCUUCCCCUCCCCCUCCUCCAUCACCAACACCUCCUCCUCCAUCACCACCUCGUCCUCUUUCGCCCCCACCUCCUCCUCCAUCACCAACACAUCCUCCUCCAUCACCAUCUCAUCCUCUUUCGCCCCCACCUCCUCCUCCUCAGCUACAACCUUCCCCUCCUCCUCCAUCACCAACACACCCUCUUCCAUCACCACCUCGUCCUCUUCCGUUCCCACCUCCUUCUCGUCCUUCACCCCCACCUCUUCCAUCGUCACCACCUCCCCCUCCUCCUCAGCUACCACCUCCCCCUCCUCCAUCACCAACACCACCUCCUCCUCCUCCAUCACCACCUCCUCCUCUUCCACCACUACUACCUCCCCCUCCCCCUCCAUCACUAACACCUCCUCUUCCAUCACCACCUCGUCCUCUUCCUUUCCCACCUCCGUCUCGUUCUUCACCCCCACCUCUUCCAUCGUCACCACCUCCUCCUCCUCAGCUACCACCUCCCCCUCCUCCAUCACCAACACCACCUCCUCCUCCUCCAUCACCACCUCCUCCAUCACCAACACCACCUCCUCCUCCUCCAUCACCACCACCUCCUCUUCCACCACUACUACCUCCCCCUCCCCCUCCAUCACUAACACCUCCUCCUCCUCCUCCAUCACCACCUCCUCCUCUUCCACCACUACUACCUCCCCCUCCCCCUCCAUCACUAACACCUCCUCCGCCGCCACUACCUCUUCCUCCUCCACCACCAUCUCUUCCUCUACCACCACCUCCUCCCCCACCAUCUCCUCUUCUUCCACCACCUCCUCCUUGUCGUUUGAGCUGAUUUCUGAGCCAAAGCCCCAAUCAGCUGGGACCAGUAGCAGCAACCAGACUCAAAAGGAGUCCAUCGUUGACGUCACCUCAGAGGAUUUGAGCUCCGACUUGUCAGACUCCGAAGACAUGGAAGACGAUGAGGAGCCGGUGGACAUUGAAACUGUAGAAGAAAAACAUUCUGAGAUAAUUGCAGCCAUGAGGCGUUACGCAUUAAACCAAUCACAACAAACAAGAGACGCCACCAGUGGUCCUGAGUCGUCGAAGGACCCGGAUCGUCUGAAAAAAAUCAAAACUUGGCGCAAGAACCACCAGGAGUUAGAAAAGCUGAGACGUGGUGAGGAGCGAAUCCUCUUCCAAAAACUCCAGCUAACUCUGGAGUGUGGUCCCAGAACUGCCAAGGACCGCCUCCUCUCAACGGCUGUAAAUGAAGUUGCAACACUACAGGCCACAUCCAAAAAGCUGGAUCUGAUCAAAGAACAGCUGAUCCAGCAGCAGUGUGCCUAUGUGAAGAAGCUCUCCUUGAUGUCAGGGAAGUCUGAAGCCAUGAUUUACAGCAAGCUGAAGGAGAUCUCUGAGCGGCAGAAACAGCUGGAGAAUAAGAUGAAAUUAAAGCCCAUCUUCUCCAAGCUGCUGCAAAGUAAAGCUGCUCUCCUACAAGCCGCCGCUCCCAAGUCUUUACACCAGAAAAGCAGCACCUACGCGUCUCCUCCACCUCGAACCGAGCUGUCCAAAGCUGCCCAAGACAACGUACGCAUGCUACUCCAUUUGCUUCAUCCUUCUAAAAGCCUCCAAAAAGACUCUGGCGUUGAAAACUCGUCAAGACCACAGAUCCUCCUAGAACAGAAGGUCACCCCGCAGACUCCAAAGGUGAACCAGCCCGGUGAAACCAGACCCUCAGACCAAACCAGCCAACUUCCGUUAAUGUCUGAUGAAAGCCAGGAAGUAGAAGAUCCAGAAAAAACUAAAGAACAACCCGCCUCCGAUAACCAGCUCGUGUCUGGUUCCUCCAGUAAUGCUAAUGCAAAGGCUCUGGUUCCAAAUCCGGUGGCUUCUCUCCCGCUGAUUCGAUCCAAAACUGGCAGGAUCAUCCUUCCCUCGUCACUAAGGCCAAUUGGUCAUGGAUUUUACACCCUGGUGAUGAUGGAACCCCAAGUGCAGCAAGAGGAAGAUCAGGUCAGCUCGUCUGACCAGGACUUGUCCAAGAAUUCGGACACGUCUUCAGACCUGACUGACCUCAACCCGUCGAACUUUAGGUCCCCGCUAGAGGUACAAGCUAUGAAGAACAACCAGGACCCAGGUGUGAACACACCUACGGCUCCUGCUCGCCUGCGUUUUAAUCCUUUUCAGCAGCCGCCUCCACCUACUCCUCCUCCUCCUCCUGGCAGUUUGGAGCCCAAUCCCAAGAGCAAGCUUUCACCAACUCGGAGUUCUUCUGCUUAUCUGCUUGGAGAAGAAGUUGAGGUGGAGGAGUUCAGAAUGAUCAACAGUGCCGUUAAACUCUCUCAGCCGUCUGCUGAAAGUCAACGUGACGAGGCCGGCGGCGUGGCACACACACCCGCUCCGGUGAAACGAGGCAGGGGCCGGCCUCGGAAGACUCUGCUGUCAAGUCCGACCAAACCAGCUAAACGACAUUCAAAAAGUUCCCCAGCAUCUGUUGACAGCUCAAUUCGGUUUUCCAUCAGCAGCUUAAAGAGUCGCAACGCAACAGAAGGAGACGUUUGCGCAUCGAAACCGUUGACGCGCGCCUCUCUGGGAAAGGACUUCCCCAGUGCCAAGAAACGCUCCUGGAUCGACGUAGAGAAGGAACUGGAACCUGACCUGGAAUACUUGUAGCCAUUCAGCCUCCCCCCCAUCUGCUUGGCUCCCGGUUUUAUCGGCAACGAAACGGACCGAAAGAUUCAUCAAAUGUGCCUGUUUGGCCACAGCCAAAGGAUCAGGGCUCGGUUAACCACCUGCGCUGCUCUUUUUUAAAACACACACACACACACACACACACACACACACACACACACACACACUGGACUUCUUUCAUACUGAGAGAGGCAGAAGAUGAUAAAAUCCUAUGUGACCCACUGAAUGUAUGAAUUAAUUAGCUUCCUUUCUUUUUAAAAGGAUCUUGUCCUUGAAGUAACUGAUCUGCCUUACGCACGAGGGGAUAAAGAUGGUUCCAGUUAAAUGUUUCUGACAUUGCUUGAAAUUUUCACGUUUAUGCGUUUUUUUUUUUUGGCAACAUUUAAAUUGUUUUCAUGAACUUGUUUAAAAUAAUCAUUAGUUGCACUUUAAUUCCUGGUAGAAACCUCCUGUUACUUUUUUUUUGUCUAUUUUGGGAUGUCUGUAGAGUUACUUGUGUAUAUAAAGAAUAUAACCUGCAUGAAUUUGUGCUUUUUUAUUUAGUUUUGUGAGGGGGUUAUGAGUUAGAAACACUGUUUUUUUUUUCGUUGAGAAAAAUAAAAUGAUCUUGUCCAGAAUAAAGAAAUAAAUCAA